AUAAUCGGUACGUAAAAGAGAAUGGCGUGGUCUUUCAACUAUUACAUGAAAUGGAGAGUUUUUGUUUUGUUAACAAUCGAUCAUCGCGGCAAAGAAGUGACUGUCUGCAAAAUACGUGGAGAUAUGAAUGCUUACCGAGGACUGGACGUUGUAUCGACGACUCCGAAGUUGGUGGACGUCUCGAAGUAUAAUCUGCGAUGUAACCGCAAUAUCAGCGAGAAAAUGACGAAGAAAGACUUCAUCUACGACAUUCGUACGCCUGUACAAACCGUGAGAAAGUUCGAGAUACAGAAACGACCGAUUAUACUUCCCUUGCAAUUGCGACGAAAACAGAGCGUUGACACAAAAAUGCCGCAGUACUCUGUGAUUUCCGAAAAGGUGGAUAACGGUGGUGGCGGCGACGCGACUUUUAUGAUAAACCGACGCACUUUAGGAUACGAAUGUAAUUCCUGUCACGAGCCAAUAGCCACUUUGUUCUCCCUAUCGACUCACGUCAAGUCCCACUGUCAGAGAUACUGCAAGAUAUGUUAUUGGAUUCUGCGUGCAAAUGAGACAAUGGACCAGCACAUCGGCAAUUACCAUCGCAUUGAGCCGUGUAUCAACAGUUCUCCAAUGUCUCAGGAUAUCGUUUGAGAACAUCUGCACUCCGAAACCGAUCUAACAACAUCGAAGCCAACCAGGAGGAUCAAUGUGAAAUCUUCUUAUUCCAACGGAAUACGAAAGGAGAUAGGAAAAUGCAUGGCUGUUUGCUGGCAAGUUUUUCUGAGUCUAAAUCUAAAAGAGCAUCUUACAUUGAUAUCGACGGCGGACGAAAGC